CCAGGCUCCCUUCUCCAGAGAUACCACGAUCACUUUCUCUCACUGCAACUCUCUCUGCUUCUCUAUAUUUCUUACUGUUCUCCCUCUUCACCUCUUCUUCAGGAAGCACCUCUCCUCCACUCAUCAUGUGUACAGGAAAGUGUGCCCGAUGUCUCGGACUCUGCCUCAUCCCACUGUCCAUCAUCUGCAUACUAGCCAAUAUCCUCCUCUUGGUGCCCAAUGGGGAGACCAAGUGGACUGAUCAUCUCAGCCUGCAUGUGUGGCUCUCAGCAGGCUUUAUUGGCGGGGGCCUCAUGGUUCUAUGUCCUGGAAUAGCUGCUGUUCGGGCUGGGGGCAAAGGGUGCUGUGGAGCUGGCUGCUGUGGAAAUCGUUGUCGGAUGCUGCGUUCUGUGUUCUCUUCGGCUUUCGGGGUUCUUGGAGCCAUUUACUGCCUCUCAGCGUCUGGUGCGGGGCUUGAGAUGGGACCCAGAUGCCUGACAAAGUUACCUAACGAAUGGACCUACCCCUUUGAAAAUAGCACGGGGAAUUACCUGAGCAACACAACGAUGUGGGACCAGUGCCUGGCUCCUCCAAAUGUGGUACCGUGGAACGUGACUCUGUUCGCGCUGCUGGCGGCGGUGUCAGCUCUGGAGCUAGUGUUGUGUGGCAUACAGCUGGUGAACGCUGUCCUAGGAGUUUUCUGCGGGGAUUGCCGGAAAAAAGGAGAUUCUUAAGCACUGAAACUUCGGGGGACACGUUCCUGCCAGAAUGCUGUUUCCAAGGAGUUAGGGGGCUAGGGUGGGUUGUCCCCACUCCUCUUAUCCGUCCCCCCAUCAGCUGAAAUAAAGUACCCUGGUUAGCACUA